GGCCCGGCCCUUCUUCCUCGCGCCUCGACACGUGGCGGGCGGCGCUGCGGCCCGAGGGGGGAUCCGCCCGCUCGAGGGGCUGCGCGCGCCGUCUGCACCCGCAGAGUGCGGGCAGCGGGGGGAGGGAGGUGGGGGUUGUACGAUGUCGGAUGCCGGAGCUCCGUAGCGCCGGCUGUGGGAGUGCCCUUGCUGCCUUUCAACUCAGGUGUGCUGCGUCCACCCGUCGGAGUGAGCCGCCGCGGCAGCCCGGAGGUUAACGCGGCCGCACCCAGCUGGGGUCUGGCUCCGAAGGCGGCGGCGUCGGGGUGAGAGCCGCGUGCCAGUGCUGCCCGGCCUGCAGGAGCGGCGGGCAGGCUUCGGUGUCAGCCAUUCCCGUGGAGUGGUUCAGCCGAGGAGAGAGGAGCUUGCCGCGGGUUCCUGUUGAGCUCCGUCAGGUUGAUCAGGGAUGGCCGCCAGCAGUGGCAGCGUGCGGAGGGCUGGGACGCCCAGCUGUGAGCCCGCCGAGGAGAAGGCUGCGCCGCCACAGGCUCCCGCCCCGCCGCUGAGCCCCGCGGCUGUACGGCCCAGGCUCUCGCCUUUCCAGGGCCUCAGUGGGCCGAGUAUCCUGAAGACGAGAGAAAAUCCAGCGAUGUUUUGGCCGUGCCCAGCCCGCAGGUCCCCAGAGCCAGCAGUAGUGCAGGACACGUGGCUGACAGACCUCAUUGAGGGGUACGAGAAGGGCAUAGUGAAUCCUGUGUCAGCCCUGCACCAGUUCGCGCAAAGGUACAACAUGCAGCUUGAUUUUAAAGAAACUGGCGUAGCAGGACAUGCCAUAAGUUCUUAUUUUGGCAUUAGUGCUGUAUUGGAUGGUGUUUACUACAAGACUGGAUUGGGAAGAAGCAAGAAGGAGUCUAAACAGAGUGCAGCUAAAUUGGCUCUUGAUGAGAUACUUAAGUUGGAGUGCGCGGUGGCACCAGCUUCUGGAAAGUCAAGUCCUCCCCGUAUUCUGGUUGAGCCUGAAACUCCGGCAAGCUCUGCUGAUGUUUCAAAGAUCUGUUUUGAAGGACGACACCAUAUAUAUCAGAAAUUUUCGCAAACAGUUGAAGGAGUAUUUAACAGCCUGACUGCCAAAAAUCCUGAGUACCAAAGCUGUGGCAAUUCACUGGCUGCCUUCAUCAUUGAGAAAGGUGGAGAGCAUAAAGUUGUAGCUCUAGGAACAGGAGACUGUAAUUACAGCAAUGAUUGUUCACCUGAAGGAAGAGUGGUGCAUGACAGCCAUGCCAUUGUUACUGCACGACGUUCUCUUCUCCGAUAUUUUUAUCAGCAUCUCUUGCUGUUCUAUGAUGAAAAUCCAGCACGCAGAGAGAAAUCCCUCUUUUGCACAGCACCUGACUCUAAGCUGCUUACCCUUAAGCGGAAUAUAAGUAUCUAUCUCUAUAUGAAUCAGCUGCCAAAAGGAUCUGCUCUGAUAAAAACACAGUUAUGUCUUAAUCCCCAUUCUCUAACUACUUGCCAAGCUGCUGAAGAACUGUGUCUCCAUGUUGCUGUAGCAGGCAGGAUUUAUCUUUCUCAUUGUUGUCCCUCUAAAACUGUAAGAGUAAUCAGUAUGUCAGCUAGUGACAAGUUAACCAAAUGGGAAGUGGUUGGUGUUCAGGGAGCGCUGCUGAGUUACUUCAUUGAACCAGUUUAUAUCAACACUAUUCUUGUAGGAAAUGGCAAUUGCAAGAGUUUGAAAGGGUUAGAAAUAGCUAUAAGACAACGUAUUGAUGAUGCACUCACAUCAAAGCUUCCAGUGCUUUACGUGGUCAACAGAUCUUUUACUUACUUGGUGAACACUGCGCGACCAAUUCAAGUGAAUGUGAAACAGAGUUCUCUUAGUUUGAAUUGGAUGUUGUCAGAUGUGCAGCUGGAGGUUGUGGAUGGGCUAAAUGGAAAAGUCACUGAAAGUUCACCGUUCAAAAGUGGCUCUUCCAUGGCAAGUCGCCUUUGUAAGGCAGCAAUGCUUAGUCGUUUCAAACGCCUUGCUGAGCGAGCAAAACGAAAUGAUUUGCUUCAAGUUGCUACGUACCAUGAAGCUAAGGUCAAGUCUAAUUUGUAUCAAGAAGCUAAAAAGUUGCUGCGCAGCUACUUAGAGCAACAUGGUUAUGGAUCCUGGAUUGUGAAGUCUCCGCAUAUUGAGCAGUUCACUGAAUGACUGCAAAAUGGAUUGGAGAGCGGGUCCUGAUAAAUCCAAGUGUGUAUCCAGCCUCCUGAGAUACAAGAUUGCUGUUGCUCCUCCUCGUAUGAGGCUGAAGGCGUAUUCCUGUCAGGCACAUGCAUGCAGAGCAUGUGUAUAUAGCCCCUCUAGCCUGCCCAAGGCCUCAAAGACCGACAGAGUCAUCGUGGGUGGGGGCAAAGCGCUUCACUGUAGGAAGAGAAGUGGAGCAACAGAUACCAACGCUGAUUACAGUUUUCUGAUUCACCAGUGCAUGUGAUAAUGUCUUCACUGGGAUAUAAAGGAUGAAGGAAAGUAUCCUUUGGGUGGCUUGUGGGACAAGGACAAAUGAAGUAAGGAGUGAGAUAGGAAGCCAGAAGUUGCCAUAUUGGAUUAGAACAGUGCAAGUACCCGCUGUAUCAGGUGCAAAGAAGAACACCCAAAGGAAAGUAAGUGUUGAAGUCCUGUCUGCCUCUGUGACUACUCAGAAGUCCUGGUCCCCAGUUCAUCAGACUAACAGCUGAAGAGAAGUCACUGGUACCAUAGCAGGGCCAUCUCCUGCUGGAUGGCGGAGACCUCCGGUUAGGAGUGGUGCCCCGCCUGUCAUCUCCAGCUGCCGCAGCACACCUUUUGUUGGCAUGAAUAGAGUUAUUGCUGAAGAAGUGACAUAAGAGAUUGCCAUGUACAGUGGGUGCCUUGGGCCCUGUGUCACAAGAAACAUACGGUCAGCUCAUGUGCUAAGUGGAGAGGAGAGAGUCCCACACCAAACAGAUGGAAGCUGUUAAAUAUGCUCCAGCCCAGAAGGACCCUGCAAGUCUGCACUGGAAAGAGCGUAUAAUUGCACAGACCAAGCCACAGCAAGAGGUACUCAGGACCUCCCAGAGUCAGCUUGUAAAGCCCUGCGCUGCAAAUGAACUGUUGUCUUCCUUCCUGAGGUGCUCGUGUUUUUCAAGAGAAAAAAAAGCAACAACCUGAUGAAGCGAUUAGUCACUGGCUGUAUUUGCUUGUUUCGGAGGUAGCGGUAAACUCUGCAGUAAAAUGACAGCUAAUCAUCUGACUCUUUUCGCUUUGACGGUACAAGUUAGAAAGAGUGCUAAUGAAAAAAACCCAACAGUUAUAUUGGGUGCAUUACUUUUUGCUUUGCAAUUGUUUCUAGCAAUGAGAUAGAUUGGAAUGUAUCUUCUUUGGUCAUGCUUCUCUAUGUUUUUUUGCAAGUCAAAAAUGCACCCAGCUGUAAAUCUUAGGAGGAGGCUAACUGCUUUGUGAAAAGAGGUGAGUUUUUAUCCUUUCUUCUCGCUGUUUGCAAAAAAAGUUUACAGUCCUGAGUAAACAGCUUUAUACUCUGCACGUUUGUUUUUUUUUUAAAUAUGCAUGAUGAUUAUUUUUACAUGUUGCUUAAAAUUGCUUACUUUCUGAAAUAGGCGUCCACAGCCACAAACAAACACAAUGGGUAAAUUUAAGAUAACUGAUAACAAGGUCUUCGUUACAUGUUGGGGAUUAUCAAAAGAAUGCAGAACACAUUGAGUUUCUGAACUUUUAAGACAUGCUGUUAUUUUUAGCAUUUCAUUAUACCGUAAAUCCCGCAUCCUGCCAGUGUGUAGAUAUGCACACGCUUUCUGUGACUCCAGCGUAACUUAUUACAUAUCAGAAGUUUCUGACUUUGAGUAAUACAAAAUAUCAUCAUUUUAAAAAUGUAUAAAUAAAUAUCGGUAUAAAAAGAGAUUUGCAGAAACCUGCUGUGAUUAUUUUAACAAGCUAUAAUGUAAAGAGAAUACUUGCAGAGUGCAGCUUUUUCUCCCGGUCUGUGUGGUAGCACAAGCUUUGCUCACAAGUAGUCUCACAGAAACCAGUGUGACUGCAUGAAAGGAAGUGCUAUUUAAUAUAGCCUUACUGUACCACUCUUGACAUUUACCUCCAGUGGGAGGGAAAGGAGGAUCCCUUUAGGCUUGGUUCAGCAAUGUUACCAAUGCACUUGGAGCUCACGGCAGCUGGAAGUGCUUCCUCGCCCAAAAACUGCAUCCCCAGGAGCACUGCUAGUCAUAUAGGUUUUGUACUCAUGACACUAAACGGAAUACCUACAAAUUUGAAUCUGUGGGUAUGCUAGAAUGCACAACCUAACCUAACCUCUUAUUAACCUAGUAAUUAAGAUUGCAUAAUAUAAACACUUCUGGCAUGAAAAAUCCAGGAGUAAGGAGCUUUUAUCAAGGUAUUUUCAAACUGUCUUACCCUAAGAGUUCUAGGUCAGAGAUGUGAAAAAGAAGGCAUCUGCCAUUUCUCAUUGUAAAUAACCAAUACAAAAUACAGUUGAUAUAGUUAAAAAGAAAUGUUAAAGCAGUCUCACCCCAGGGUUGUCUGGCGUAUGCAGCAAUUCAACAUCCUACAAUAAAACAAAUCUAAGUUAGAAAAGUUUAGCAUUUGAGUGAUGUCCCUCAAAAGAUGUAUUCAAUACUUAAUACUUGAAAAAAAUUUCAGAAUUAGGAUGAGCACUUUGCUUACCUUGUCUUUCACUACAUCUUUUAGUUGGUCAAUUGUCUUUGCAAGCUGUUUGUAUUUCAUUGCUUUUGGUGGAGCUGCAGUCAGCACCAUACAGGAACAGAAGAAGAACAUACAGAAAAUAAUCAUCCUCUCCAUAGUGGUGAGUUUUGUUGUGUUAGGAGCAAAGUUGUGCUAUCCAAGAUGAACACUUCAGUUUGAGCUGUGCUCAGGUAUGCCACGUACCUACCUAUAUAUUGCUCUUUGCUGCAGAUUUAAAACCCACCCAUUUCAGUUUGGAAAGCUUUGAAGAAUGGAUUAAUGAGUAACCCUUUUUUCUUUUCCAUUGGCUAGGUGAGUUUGUGCGUAGGGGGCAGGGAUUGAUGGAGUGAAUUAAAAUAUGCCCCAUCUGCACAUUGGACAGGAAAAAAAGAGAAAAGGGUGAAUUCCCAUUUUCGCUUUGAGUCAAAAAAUGAACGUAGUAAAAAGUAGAUGCUUAGAAACCACAGGCCCAGGUAAACAAAGAUUCUGCUUUUUUUUUUCCUGUUUCUUGCAGCAGUUAAUCUCUCCGAUCCAACUGAAAUUCAUCCACAUCAUUCUGAUGAAAUAUGGCUGGACUUCUUUUCAGAACUUUAAUCUAUUUAUCCUUCUUUUCUUUAUAGCUCCAGAGGAUAUGUAUCUUGUUCCAGCUGAUGUCUGUGAACUGCCACUUUUACAUUCAUGCAUGGUUUAUGCAACAGCUGUGAGUAAGAGGUCAUUUUAACAUUUAAGCUAGCUGAAGUCUACUUUUUCCUUCAAACUGAUUUCAGAUAUUUUAACAACAUGCUAGUGAGUUUGUCCAUUGGGGGUGAAAGUGCAUUUGCAGGGGUCGGAGCUCAGGGAGAUGCAUUGCUGUGGGAGAAGUGGAUUCCCAUCCCAUGCCCAUUCCCCAGAUGGGCAUGAUACUGGAGGAUCGGGGACUAAAUUGUCAUCAGUCCUUCAGAAUGUUAUCACUUUGAGGCUAUGAUUGAGUGGAUAUGGCAGCUAAACAUGUUCAGUUAUGUUUUGCUGCAGUUAGGCUGGAGGUUAGCCUUGCAUCUCUAUGCAACCUCUUCAAUGGGUAUGUGACACUGAGACCAUAGAAUUCUGUUGAGAACGCAGAAUUGCCUUUGUGCCAUGUGAAAUAGAUUAAAAAUGCACUUAACAAAAUUUAAAGGUAGAAUAAAGACAGCAGAAUGAUCUGAAUUAAGAAAUAAGUCAGAUUCCUGUGAUUUCCUUCAAAAUUGUUGCCUACUGCAAUGAAGUAUGAAUGCUACUUUUGAGGAAAUAGAUUUGAGAUUAUUACUUUAAAGACACGUUAGCGGUGGGAGCUUUUCCAACAAAUGCCAGUAAGGAAUGUUCUCUUAUGGGGACUACCACAGUUGCCUUCUUUCUAAAUGAGUGCUAUGGUAUUUAUAGAUAUUCCCAAAUGCACUCAUUUUGUUUGCUUAUUUGUUUGUUUGUUUAUUAUCAGUUGCCUCCAGCCCAAGCCCCGUUUUCAUUACUCUCACUCACUUGCUCUGAGCUCACUGAACAGCCCUGUGUGGGCACUAGGGACUUAUGUGCUGCCACCUCUAGGAAUCUUUUCAAAACCACUGUUCCUAAUAUUUCAUCGCAAGGAGGAAAAAUGUAUUUAAAUGACUGUUAUGUACUGUCAGUAAUAAAUGGUUAUCAACAUUGCUGUAUGACCAUUAAAAGCUUGCUGUGUUGAACUGGUGGAGGGCAAAUAAAAUCCGUUGUGCACCUUCACUGUGAUAAAUAAAAAGGUACUUACGUGUCUUAAAUGUUGUCCUCUGGAAGUUUGAAGAUUUUAGAUGGCUUUGAGGAUGCUUUGCAAAAUACAAGGUGUUUGGACUUCAGUUUGAUGUUGUCUUUACUUAGAAAGCUAGUCAGUGUAAUAAGCUGGCACUGUACAAAAUGCUUCUGUGUUUAUCUGUCAGGUAGGUCAAUCGGACAGUCAGAUGGGAUGACUGAUUCCUGUACAUUUCAAAAUCUCUCACCAUUUAAGCUGGUGUGUUUGUUUUCUGUAUACAAAUGUUUAUUCACUGUGAACGAUUUCUGUGCUCAAGCCAUUCAUAAUCUUUCAGCAGCUGGAUAGCUUUGAGGAAUAGAUUUUAAAGGUGUAUGUAUGUGUGUCUACACAAAUGCACUCAUUCUUUCAUGUUUGCACACACAAAAUCUCUCCUGGCAAAAGGGACAUCUAGUCACACCUGACAGAACAGAAAUCCUGAAAAAUGAAAAUGGAAAUAUGAGAGAAAAAUAAUUUCUUCUAGCACAUAGUCUAAAACAUAAUUCAAUCAAUAAACAGUGCUGCAGUCAUUUCUUUUCAUUUAUUUUGAGGGACAUGUUUUGUAUUCAUUUCAGAUGAACAGCCUAGCUGGACUAAAGUGGAGGGAAUCUCAGGUUUUAUUCAGAAAUUAUGUUAAUUUACAGCUAAUGUUCAUAAAUGGAAAUCAGUAGCAGUAGAGACAUUUUGUUUGAGAAACCAUAACCACUACUUAUUUUUAUCCCUUCUCUCAUCUUAUUCAUGUGAAGUUUUGUAGAGUUUGGUUUUUUAAAAUCAAAUUUUUAACACCUUUGUGAAGCUGCUGAGGGCAUGAAGCGAUUAUUAUUGUGGUAUUCUUUAUGUGAAGCUGAUACUUAAGUCUACUCCUCUUUACCCUAACUGAAUCUUCAUCUUCUCUGUAGGUUAUAGACAAGCAAUUUAGAUGAACAUGCAUUAUAAUCUCAGUCCAGUUUUUGAUAAUGCCAUUGGAAGUGUUAAUAGCUAAGGAGCAGACUAGUGAUGUAUGUUUCUGCUUUUUUUUGUUAGCAUUUCAGAUUUGAAUUCUUCUGAGAAGUUCCUUUGAACCCAGCUACUGUAGGUGAACAUGCUAGCUCUUUUGGCUUUUAUUUUAAGCAGCUUUAUUUGGUUGACAGGUUGGAAGGUUUCCAUUUGGAUGUGAGGUUGACUCUGUUAACUGUAUCCUCAUUAGAUGGUUGGCAGUUACUCAUGCAAAGAUGCCACUGCAUUGACCAGACAACAUCAGGACCACUCAAGAACUUAAUGCUGUCCGUGUAUUUUCAGUAACUCAGGAGUUGGAAGGGCAACAUUGAGAGCAUCAGCUCUUAUCCCCUGCCAUGAUGAUACGUCAUAAUUAUUUAACAAUUGUGUUUACCUCCAUAGUUGGUUCUUAAAGUCUCUGUGCUUAGCAGUCAAAGACAUUCCUACUUCCAACCUUGAUGCACUGACUGUUAGGUUAGUCAUUUCUGUUCUUACGCUGAUGCUGUCAUUCAACUUAAAUCAUUUUCUCCUCUGUUCUGAUGUUUCCUUGUUUGCUUAGCUUAGAGAGAGCAGUCAGACACCCUUUGACCUCAGACUAAGCCUCUUAUGCCUUUAAGGGCACCUGUCCUCUAAUCACAUCACUCUGCACACCUCCAAUUGAUUUUUCUUCACUGGAAAGGUAGAUAAUAUUCUGAAUGAAGCCCCAGAAUCUCAUUGUACAGUAGCUAUAGUAUUUUAUCAAACCAUCUGGAAGUUCUUCACGUAUUACUGACUAAAAUUGCAUUUUUGUUGGUUCUUGAUAAUUUGCUGGACAGGAGUAAUGCAGAGCUGCAUUCUGGUUGUUACAGUGUCUCUGGGAGUCAUUUCAAGAUAACCCUGGACUGUAGACUCACACUUGACCAAGUCCUAUAGCUGCAUAGAAGAACCAUGCCUGUGUAGCUAUCAACCAUAUUAAUUUUCAUCUUUUGUGGGGUUUUUUUUCCCACUAAUGUUGUAAUAAUUAAGGCUCUAAUGCAGUGAUCAGAGUUUAAAAUACCGCAGUUUCUAGAGAUAGUGUGAAAAACAAUGAGAUAAUUGUGUUUCUAGCAUGGAUGGUCCUGAGAUUCUGUCGCUUUAGGAAAUAAAGUAGCUACAAUGGCAGACAAAGACAGCUUUAAAUUCACUGAAACAUGCACAAGCAUGAUGAGAACUGUUUUAAAAUUCUUUUUGUUUAAAGGAGGUUGUGUUGUUGCAAGCUUCAUUUCUUUAAAAGAAGCUGUUUUGUUAGACUGUGCUUUUCCCUUCAUGUUUAGGAAUAUUUAAGGACACUGCAAACUAAGGGAGAACCCUGCUGAUGGCUGCCAGGUUGUGCAUGCUGUAUGUAGUCCUAAAAACCCUUUGUAUAUGAUUCUGGACUGUGAAAGGCAGUUUAUGAUAUUAGAGGAGACAUUUUUUUUAAUGUGAAAGGAAAGUGGUGGUGAAAAUGACUGUAUUUUACAGUGAAACCUGCAGUGUGAAGGAAUGCCUGUACAGCAGCACCAGAGAGCACCUGGGCAGCAGAUAUUUAGUGAAGUAUUGUCACUUUCUACCCAGAAGCGUUGCAGUAGUAUGGCAGACCUCAUCUCUUUACCGGUCCAGCAGGAUAAUUCAUGGGCUUAUUGGAGGUAUAGUGAUGAGAUGGCUCUGUCCAAAAUAUUCCUGAAUUAAAUCUAUUAUAUCAUAAAUCAGUUAUGAAGUUGAUGGAGCAAUUUGAAUGGGAAACUAAACAAUGGUUAUUUGGUAGUGUGAUAGCAAGUGAUUGUGUAUCAUUUCUCUGAAGCUGUGUAGUUUUCUGUUUUGUGUUAGAGGCUCUAAGAGCAUAAUAAUUGUUCGAAGAAAGGCACACUGACAGAGAAAGUGAAAUAUAAGGACCAAGAACUUCCUUUAUGUCUAGGCAGUGGAGAAAACUCCUUGAUAUCCCUCUCAUCAGAUAAGAGUGAGCAACAUGGUUUUUGUAUACGUCACUUCUCUUUUGUGGCUUAGGAACAUGCUGAGUCAAAUAAUGAUACUCACUCUCACACUGUUGCCUGCCUGGCAUUGGAGGGAUGGCUGCAGAGUGGAAAUCUGAAAAACCUCCCAUCCCUGGCCCAUUGAGCUGAGUCCUCCUCUUUCCUUUUUGCGACAUUGCCACUCAACACCCAAGUACUGAAUGACUUCGACCCCGAAAGCCCGGUUUCCCCACCCACAUUUUCCCUUACAGUGUAGCUGAAUGGAGGCUUUUCCCAUAGCUUAGUCAUUGCUAUGGCUCAGCCAAAAAAAAAAAAAAAAGAAGAGAGAAGCCUGUAAUGCACGGAGCUGCUUUCAAAGAAUUUUUGUUACUUAUGUAUGUGAUAUUUCACAUAUAUGCCAUCUGCAUCUUGGGGAGAGUGUAGGAAAGCAAACUGGAAAAUUGGAGCCUAGGAUGAGGACCUUUGUAAAACAGAUCUAGGAAAACUAGUUUUUAAAAUAUUUCUGACAGCUCUCUCCAAAUAUUAUUUUCUUCUUGUUAACUUUAUGUAAUUCUUCUCUCUUUUAACCUUGCUUAGAAAAGAGGAAAAUGAACUACCCAAACCAGGGAAAAAAACCUAUUCUUAGCUAUAAGUUGUAUUUACUAUGAAAAUCAGACUAAAUAUAACUCUCAAAAGGCACUGAAAAAUUAAUAGACUGGAUGCAGUACAACGAAACUAUUGAGAUUCUCCAUUAUGUUCCUCCACAGUGUUACGUUAUAGACAAUUUCUAAUCCAUAUUGAAGUCUAACACUGGCAAAUAAAAAAGAUUCCAUGCAGUAGAUGGAGGAAUUGGAAGAACAAAGGGAGCAGCUGUGACAGGAGAUGGUGUAUUUCUGUCCUUCAGUAACGUAUUGAAAAUAAAGGGAAUGCCAAGUAAGAACUUUUAUUAUAGAAGAUUCUUCUUAUAUCAUGUAAGGGCAGUUACGCUGAGCUGAGUAUUUGAGACAACUUCCAGUUGCUGGGAAGCAAGAAAAAGAGUACAAGUGCUCAUCUGGCUGAGUUAUGAAGUAAAAUUACAAGUUCAUUAUUGGCAAGUAAAAUUAAAGUAACUCUGUUGUACUGCAUCUUCCUUGCUUCCAGACACUGAAAGAACAGAAUCACCCUCGUAUUCUCUUCAUGAUUACCAUAAUUGCCCAGCCAGACCAAAGUCAUGAGCAAGAAAUUCCCCAAACAUGUAGAAAGUCUUCCAGAUGAGGACUAAAUAUGUGACUCCACAAACCCUAGUACUUGUCUUUUAACUAGUAUAAGAUGAUGGAUAACUGGAGCAGAACUAGCUCACAGUCCUGAAGCUGACAAAGCAUCAUAUCUGUCCCACCCAUUUUUCAAAUCCAAACUUCAUUGAGAAGAGAAAAAUAAGACCUGGUAUACAGUACAGAGAAAUCACUGGGCAGAUUUCUUCUGUCAGUGGAGAACUUCCAUGCGUUCAAAGAACCCCCAUAUCUGUGGUUCCUAGUAGGGGCUGAACUGGUACCUAGGCGCUGUGGGUAUGCCUGUGUUCAGCCUCUGGCUAAUACCAGGUUUAAAAAUCAUUAUUUUACACUCUGAGUAGUGAACAUCAGCUACAUUAUAACCUCUGGUUCUUGAUUCCAGUUAGGGCUGAGAUGCAAUGCCACCACGUAACAGAAAAAGGCGAUGUAAGAAUGAAAGAGAUUUGGAUGGAAAAUAGAACCUGCUUUCAAGAACAUGCAGAGACUUGUACAAAUCUAGUACAACCCUGUUCGUGUUUUUGUCUAAGCUUUGGAAACAGCUUCAGCUACUGAAGAUGCAUGAGUAAUGCAAAGCCAUUUGCAAAUGUUCCUGUACUGCCUCAUUUGCUUUGUACCAAGCAUUGUUGUCUUGGGGUUCCUUUUUCUUUUUCUUCUUUCUUUUUUUUUUCAGAAGCAGUGACUAUGACUGCAAAGCAGAACAAUUUAACAAUAAAUGUAUAUUUAUUAAAUACCAGGUGCAUCUUGCUCCUUGGUCAGCGCAAUGAUGUUUGUUAUGCAUGAAGUGUGGUUGAUGUUUUUGCAGCCUUAUCAACAAAUAACAGCAAGCUGUAUUGAGAAAAUGCCUGUAUUGAGACAUCCAGAGCCUGAGACAAGGCUGAACCAGCUAUGCAGAGCACAAGAUACUCAGAAGAACUGUCCUUCUGAGGCCAUAUCCCUUCAAGUGUUUCCUUAAUGUUAGAGCAGCCUCCCACCUCCUGGGUAGCACCUUUCUCUGCGUGUAGGGUAGAAGGAGCCUUGCUGGGUCACUGAGUCUAGUCUUCUGCCACUGCAGGCAUCCACGUCAUCUAGUCUCUUUCACGUCUCAGCUAUGCUCUCCUGCAUAAGUCAUUAUCAGUUCAAUCUUGGUAAUGAUAAGAGUUAAGAACUUUUGCUGUGCUUGUGCUGUUUUCCAGCUUCUAUAGGGCGUCUUCAUUUUUAUUGACAGCACAUCUUUCCUCACUACUAAAGGACAGCCACCUUCAGAAGAGAAGGCAGCAGCUGUCAGGAGAUCAGGAUAGCAAUUUGAGGAUAGAAAGUAUUUCUUCAGCUGAAAGACACAGGUGUACAGGGAGGUGAGGGCUAUAAGCAAGAAAAGUCAGUGCUCCUUUUCUGUAUUGCAGCAUUGAAAUCUCCUGCAGCUCUGCUGCUUGGUGGCAUUUCACUGUGGCUCUUCAGAUCUUCUUGGGAAACACGGCCAACUGGUGUGCAAUCUCUCUACCACAGGAGUGUUCUCUAUAUGUAAUAUGUUUUGGAAUAUUUCCAUUAAGGGACAAUAUGGCCUGCGGCGUAAGAAACUGUGAUGUCGUGGUACUGAAACCCAAAUGUAAAUGUCCUGUUCAUUCAAAUCGUUCAGGAAGAAAAGUCAAACGAGAUGUAUGCAGAUGUUGAACAGGGAACAAAGAAAGCAGGACAGCACAAAGAAAAAAUCUGCCUUUGCUCAUUUAUUAAUGUUUAUGAAGAGAGGGAAUGUAAGUUGAAAGAUAUUUACUUCUAUGUUACAAUAUCAACACGAUCAAACAAGUGAAAACCAAACCGUUACAGGCUCAAAAUGGGUAAGUCUGCUGCAGUCUCUGGCCAUGUAUGAUAUACAAUAACUAUUCCACUGGCUUUGGGCCCUUCCUGUAACCUGACAUGCAUUGCAUACUGGUCAGUGUUGACAUUACAGUCUGUAUUUCAAUAUCAAAAUUAGAGAUUUGUUAUGGAUUUUGGAAGUCUGUCCCUGGUUUUGAUGGAGCUGCUGUGCUGGUGUGAGAUCUCUCCAGCAGUAAAAUAGUUUCCCUAUUGCGUGGUCUAGAGCCAACAAUGGGGUGAAGCUUGUGAGGGACUGUGGCCUCUCUUCCCUCCUCUCCGGCAAAUCUGCACUGAUUUUACCUUCCUUACAAAUACCUUCUACGUCAAUUUAUCUUUAAAAUCAAAUACAGUUUUUUGCUUUUUAUUAUGUUUUACUUUUUGGCAUGUCUUGGUAGAAGCAGAUAACUGAAUACGGCUUUUAUUUCUAAGUAGUUUCUCUUUCUGGUUCUCAUGUAUUACCAAAAUAUUGCAAUCUUUAGAUUGACUACUGAUCAUAAAUGCCUAAAUGUGUGUGCAUACACAGUUUUUAUUAAAAUUAUUUAAUGAUACUUCUGGUUUAAAGAUCAGUAAACUCAUUGACAUUGUUCUCCUGCCAUGGCUUUUGUUUCCCAGGUCAAGGAACUGUGUCAUGCCAUACCAUGCUGGGGCACUUCUGUGGCACAGUGAGAAAUGGUGAAGGCAGAGGAGCAGCGUGAGAGUAUGGAGGAGGAUGUGGUCUGCCUCCCCUUGAAGUGACUCCACAUAUCUGCUUGCAGACCAGCUCCUCAGCUUCUAUUGUGCACUACUACAGCGAGUGCUGCAAACCACUGUACCAGCCAUCAGAUGCUCGUGCUUCAGCUCCUGCAGCAGAGAAGAGGCUCUCUUGUCACACUGUGUAACCAAAGGGGAGGGUGAGGCAGGAGCCACCUCUGCAAACAUCAGAUUGUAGUAAUGCAAGUGCCUUCUUCAGCAGCAAAGCCAUUUAAAGAACUUUCUACUCCAUGUCACCGCCAUUCCCUUGUGGCUCUGCAUCACAGUGUAUUGGUCUUUCAAGAGCCACUGUUACAGCUGCUGGUAUCAAUGAAACGAUCCAAGUUAAAAAUCCUUCUUGCUAACAGCUUGAGAGUUUGCUUGUUUGUUUUACUCCAUUUUGAUUAGAAUUAUUUCACUACUGGCUCUGCUUUCUCCUUAGCACAACUGUCAGAUUUACAACCAGCAAUGCGUUGCUAGAAGUCAGAAACUCCUCUUCUACUGGCUCUGCUGCAGAUCAAAACCAUGGAUCGCCUACGCAACAAGUAUCUCCUAGAAAACAGGGCUGAGGGGGCCACUGGGUAUCACUGAGCAACAGCAUUCCAGGAACAGUAGUUAGUUGCAAGUGCAAAUAGAAUUAAGCUCUUUAGCAGUGGCUGAAAUAUAGUUUCUGACAGAAUCAUUUUAAGGAAGAGAAUUUAGGAAAGUCUUAACUCAGCAGCCUGGUCUACAUUUAAAACUUGCAGGUCAGCACCUUUAGCGAACCCUGGAAAAACUAUUGUGCAAUCAGUCAUCACACUGAAGCAGCAGCACCCAUUCGGUAGUCUUGGACAAAAAGCUGAAUGCUGUGGUUUCAGUAACUUAUCAUUGAAACCUUGUGGUUCUGUGUAGGAGGUUGCACAAGCUGGACACGUUUGACAUCCUUGUUUCUGAGCGGUGAAAUCUGUACAUCUAAUUUAUGAAAAUUAUCUCUGGUGUGAUUUUAUUCUUUUUUUUUUUUUUAAUGAAGUCAACAUUAUAUUUUCCCUGCAUUCAGUGGAAACAACAAUGGAAAUGUUUUAAGGUGUACUGUGAACCCGUUUUGACCUUAAAAGGGAGAAUAAUCAAAAUAUUAUUGAUUUUGAUAAAGUUCUAAGAAGGAAAUUAAAAUUAAAUACUUGGAGUUGCAGGCGAGAAGGAAGUAUUUCUCAAGUGGAGAAACAAACAGAGAAGUGAACUGUGAAAAGUCGCAUAGGUAUUAUGAAACAAAAAUCUCCCAAGUGAGAAUAUGAUAUAUUAAAAAAAAAAAAAGCAACACAAAGAAGUAAGGUAGUUUAGAAUAAACCAUGGUAUCUGUUGUCUUUCA